UUAUUAAUUCAAUAUAAAACAGAUUUAAAACAAUUGGAGAAAUUUAUGAAAUAUUAUGAAGAGAGAAAAGGAAAAAUAGAGAUAAACGUAAAAUCAUAUUUUGAAUUAAAGCAAAGCUUGGCUGAAAACGAGGAAGAUAAAAUGAAAAAUCAAACAAAAAUGGGAAGUAUUCGACAGGAAUUAAACAAAAUCUUCAUUCUUUAUCUUAAUUAUUUGAAAAAAAGGGAAAUAGUAAAUCUUGUAGUGAAGAAUUUUGUUAAUGGAAUGGAUAAAAAAGUUAAAAAUAAAUAUUUAAAAUUAGAAGAAAACCAAAAAAAGUUUUAUGAAAAUGGAAACAAUGUAAACAUUAAAAAUUUUUUAAGACUAGAGUUUAUAAUAUAA